GAACGAUUGGUGUAUCAAGGUCGAUUUGGAACAAGCUUACCUGAACUAUCCACUACACCCCGAGGAUCGCCGUUUUCUCUGCUUCAAGUGGCGGGACAAGUUCUACCAGUUCAAGACGUUCUGCUUUGGGGUCGCACAUGCUCCUCGCUUAUGGACAAAACUCAUGUCACGGGUACUGCAACUGCUCCACGAACAGAAAAUCUGAUUAAUCUUCUAUCUGGACGACAUCCUCCUCCUGGCAUCUACGAAGGAACAGGCACGACAACAAGGCUUGCUUCUCAAGGCUCAUCUUACCCAACUGGGUUUCAGCCUCAGUCCCACGAAGUGCUGCUGGCAACUGACACAAGUACAAACAUUUCUCAGCUUACAAAUCAACACCAAGAUGAUGGAGCUUCAGCUCCCACAGACCAAGUUGCGCCGGGUGCGCAAGGAUAUGUAUCAACUUCUUUGCCAUAAGACCCUGUCCAACCGCAAGCUGGCAGCAAUUUUGGGGUAUCUACAAUCGACCACAGCAGCGGUAUACCCAGCACGUCAUCACAUGUGGAACUUAUCGUGCGACCUCUAGGCCAGCUUACACCGUCACGCUCAUCUUCCGUCGCGCAAAAAAUGGGAACAACAUGCAAUAAUCUCCGCAGCAACCCAACAAGAUGCCCUGUGGUGGAUCAACAAUCUACAAGCUUGGAAUGGCCGAUCUAUG